GACGUUUCGUUCCGUUUGUUACAAUACAUAUUGUUAAGCAGUUGUGCUAUCGAUUAGAAAAGUGUUUACGUGUGUGUGUGUGUGCGCAAUAUCAAUGCAGCCCAUUGACAAACAGGACACAAAAUAUGGCAAGCUGCUGCCGCUGUCAGAGUCGCGAGCGCCGCUGCAAAAGAUUGUCAUUGAUUGUCAUGACUUGACGGUGACGCAUCGACGUCUUUUGCGCGUGCCCUGGUUCCUACUGUGGAUGUCCUUUGUGCAGAUCUCGAUGUAUCCGAUUGUCAACGGGUGCAUGCAGCGGCGCCUCAUCUGCAAGCCGGAGUUGAUGCACGAGUAUUGGCGCUUCUUUACCUACAUGCUGCUCCACGCUGAUCUAUGGCACCUGUGGAUCAACAUCUGUCUACAGUGCUUCAUUGGCGUCUACCUGGAAGUGGAGCAAGGUCACUGGCGCUUGGGCGUCGUCUAUGUAACGGGCGGCCUUUGUGGCGGCCUGGCCCACGGCUUGCUGCAGCCGGGGCUCUCGCUGCUCGGCGCAUCGGCGGGCGUCUCUGCCAUGCUGUGCAGUCAUGUGCCCCACCUAGUUCUGAAUUUCUCGAAAUUGUCGCAUCGCUUUUGGCGCAUCGCCGUCCUCCUGAUCUUGCUCGUCGGCAAUGUGGCAUACACGGUUUAUCACUUCUGCUUCAAUGACAAUCUCAAUCCGCGCAUCAGCCUGGAGGCGCAUUUGGGUGGGGGCAUGGCCGGAUUGUUAUGCGGCUUUCUCAUUUACAGGCAAAUCUCGUCGGAGUCGCGAAAAAUAUAAAGUUACUCUGAUCGAUCGAUUCUAGAUUCCAUUAGAUCUACCUUAAAUUAGUCUCAACAUUUGCAAUUCAACUCGAAUCCGCCGGAAAAAGCCAAAUCAAAUCAAACGAAUAAAUUUCUGGCCGUAUUUUGCGCUUGGCUUUUAUGGUCAAGCCAUUGACUCUUAAGGGCAUCCAUAAAUUUCUGUGCUUCAGUGGUUAAAGCGUUAUUUUUACACCAUCUAAUCGAUUUUAUAGGCCCGAUUUAAUGACUCAGCUAAUUAGCUGGAAUAAUGCAUAAGGCAAGGGUAAUUAAAUAUUUAUGUUAGCCCAUCUAAACUGGAGCAUUGAUCAUUUUCAUUUAGCAGUGCAAUUAGCUUCCAUUUAUUCAUAGCAUUGGCUCAUAACUCAUCAACGUCGAGUUUGAUUUGGUGGAAUUGGUGGAAUCUCAAUGAAUCAAUUGAACAGUUUUCAGGUUAAUCGAAUCAGUUAUCAGAAAAUGUACUCUAAAUUCCAAUAGACUUCUAUGAUCGAGGGUAGUCCAUAAGUUUUUGUUUAGCUUAGAAAAGGCAUUUCAUAUGCCAAUCAUAUCA